UUUCGAUAUAUUACAAUAUUCGAUAACUUUUAAAUCGAUACAAUUUCAUUCGAUUCCUCCAUUUCUGAACGUUCUCAUAACAUCAAUGAACUACCUCUAGUACUGAACGAGAACGAGACGUCAAAGGUAUAUUUUCGUUCGUGUUUUGUGGAAGAAUGUUAUGACGUGCAACUGCUGUCUUUGUUUCAAUAACAAUCGCCUAGUUUUACGUUUUAUUUAGGAAUAUCACUAAGAAUGUGAUACAUUGCUUUCUUAAUGCAGAAAUACACUAGUAUUACGAUAUGAAUUUUUCCAAAGCAUGAUUGUGCCAAUAGCAGUUGUUAGCAUAGUUAGGUGUUCAUAUUGGUUAAGUUGUGUGAAUGUUGUGCCAAUAAUGAGAUAGUGUAGUGUUGUGAUGUGGUUGUGGGACAUGUGGGGCGUCCUGUGGGCCAUGGAGGCCGUGGCGCUGCUGGUGGCGGUGGUGGCGUCACCCCUGGAGCCUACGCCACCGUAUCCGCAAGGGUUGUCGCUGACGCCGUUCGUAAGACAUUGGCAGUCGGUGGCGUAUGAACCGCUCAGCCAACACCGGCACCGCCGCGCCGCGCCCCACCAGCCGCCGUCCUCAGAACCGCUUCGACUGUCCUUUCGAGCCCACAACAGGGACUUCAAGUUGGUGCUGAGACCGGAUCCAAGUUCAGUGUUCGCGGAUGGCGUCCAAUUCCACUCGUCCGCCGGCCAGAUGGACUACAAUACUGGUCAAGUAUACUCGGGCAAGUUGGAAGAUGAUGACUCGUCUCACGUGUAUGGCGUUAUUACAUCUGAUGGCCUUUUCGAUGGCACAAUUUGGACACCAACUGAAGAAUAUUACAUCGAGCCAUUGUCACGAUACAAUGUGGAUCAUCCUUCGAUGCAUAGCGUCAUCUAUCGGAGAUCUGACGUAGAUGAUCCGCAAAAUAGCGAUGCAAUGCCUUGCGCCUCACACCUCCUCCACACUAAAAGAACGACGGGCCACAAAGGCGAAUUAUUUAAUUUCACCGAUAAUCGCAAUUUAGAAAAUCUAACUCAAAAUAAUUACAGUGAAGACUUGCGUAGUGAAAUAAACAGACGCAAAAAGCGUUGGCUCCCUGAAGAUGAAAUGCAAGAUGAUGAGCCAAAGAAGAAUCCCGAAUUACCUUUAGAUUUAGAUUUUCCGUACACGAGUAAUAGCGAUCCAUUUGACAAGUUCAGCACAAGGAAACCGAAAACAAAAGUUGACAAAAGCAACCUUAUAACUAAAGUUCGACUCGAUUCUGAAGAAUCUAGACCAAAGCCAAAGACACAUGUAGAAGUGAUAAAAACGAAAGCAGGUGUUGUAACAGUUAGUAAAGAUAUAGUUAAAAAGGAACCAGUAGGGUAUACGGUGCUAUCAGCCAAUGGAACUGAUGACGGGCGGCAUGUUAAUAAACGAGCUACAGUAGAUCCAAGAAAGACCACGUGCCUUGUUUAUUUACAAGCAGAUCACAUGUUCUUUCAGCGUUAUGGAUCAGAAGAAGCUUGCAUAGAAGUUAUGACUCGUCAUGUACAAAAAGUCAAUGCAAUUUAUAAAGUAACGGAUUUCAAUCAAGAUGGAAAACCAGAUAAUAUAACGUUUAUGAUCAAAAGAAUAAAAGUUCAUACUCUAGACGCACUGAAGGAUCCAGCUUAUCGGUUUCCUAAUAACUAUGGCGUGGAAAAAUAUUUAGAACUUUUUUCAGAGGAAGACUACGACGCCUUCUGUUUGGCGUAUAUGUUUACGUACCGGGACUUCGAAAUGGGCACAUUGGGAUUAGCGUGGACGGGUGAUCUGAAAAAUGCAGGCGGCGUGUGUGAAAAAAAUGGGCACUACCGUGGUAGCAUGAAGUCACUGAACACUGGCAUCGUGACAUUGUUGAACUACGGCAAACACGUGCCGCCCGCAGUGUCGCACGUUACACUCGCCCACGAGAUCGGACAUAACUUUGGCUCCCCGCACGACCCUGAAGUGUGUACCCCGUUCGGUGAAGACGGUAAUUAUAUAAUGUUCGCGCGCGCCACCAGCGGCGACCGAAAGAACAACAAUAAGUUUUCACCGUGCUCGCUCAGAGCAAUCGACCCGGUACUGAACAAUAAGGCCAGAUCAUCCAAAGGUUGCUUUACAGAACCACAGCCAGCAAUCUGCGGUAACGGUGUGGUAGAAGAAGGCGAGGAGUGUGAUUGCGGUUGGGCGUCCGAAUGCACGGAUGUAUGUUGCCGCCCGCAGGCCGCCCGCCCGCACUAUAAGCCCUGCACGCUCACAGAGCACAGCGUUUGCAGCCCCAGCCAGGGCCCGUGCUGUACGGCGUCAUGUACACUCAAGUUUGGCGACAAAUGCCGUUCGGACAAUGGCUGUCGGGACGCGGCUCACUGCGAUGGCAAACGUGCCGCCUGCCCCGCCAGCAGGCACAAGCCCAACCGCACGCGCUGUGACAAGGAGCUCGUCUGUUAUAUGGGAGAAUGCACUGGAUCUAUAUGCCUCGCGUACGGUCUGGAGUCGUGCCAGUGCGCGCCAAGGAAAGACGACGCACGGUCAGCGUGCGAGUUGUGCUGCCGCAAACCUGGAGGUCCCUGCCUUUCCUCUUUCCAAUGGAAUACGCCGCCAUACGAUGUGCCAGAUAUGUAUGCCAAGCCUGGCACGCCGUGUAAUGAUUAUAAUGGUUACUGCGACGUAUUCCAACGAUGCCGCGAAGUAGACCCAUCAGGUCCGCUGGCGACACUCCGCAAGCUGCUGCUUUCGGAUGAGAGUAUCGCCGGCUUCAAGCGCUGGAUGCUGCGCCACUGGUAUGCUGUGCUGCUGAUACUGCUCGCUGUCAUUGUUCUAUUGUUUGCAAGCACCCGUUUCCUGGGCCGACAUGGUAAAAAAUUGAAGUCUGUGACCAUUAUCCACUCGUCCACAACAGAAACCGUCCGUCUCCCCGAUACCAAUGACCAAGGUCUGAUCGUGCAUACGGCUGUCAGAUCUAAACUUCCUCUUAAGAAAAAAGUCGCCUUGCGGACAAGAGCAUAUCGCAAUAAGAAGGAACUUAAGAAACAAGGAGACAAGGCAUCGCCAUCUCACAUUAUUAAUAAGAAGAGGAAACCAAGUGCACAGCCAAAACUAGAGGAAAAUCAUAAAGUCGCAAAAGAAAAUACAGCAAUCGUUACGAAUGCGGAAGGAAAAUCUCCUAAACAUAUAAUUUUAUCGAAACAUAAAGGCAAGGUUAAGAAACGCAAAACGAAAAUGAAGAAAGAAACAAUUGACUAUAGUUCUAUGCAGAAACAUCCCUCGUCACCCACUAAAGAUACUGAGGCUUUAACAAAAGUACAAAAAUGGCUUUUGAGUUCGCCGCAACCCACAGUUAUACCUAAAUCCAAAUCAAUACCAUUAGGCCUUACAGAAAGAUCACACGCAAAUAGACAAGUUCAAAAAGGGACACGAAAAACUAGACCAUCCAAGAGUGCGAGUAAUCUCCUUUCUGGAGAAAAAGCCCGACUACAAGUAGUGUUUAAACCUCCAUUUAGAUUUAGUGUCAAAAUAUGCAAAAGCGACAAAACAAAGAUUGUUCUUGAUAAAUCAUCAAAACCCGACGUAGACAGAAAACGCCAUGAAGCUAUACAACAGCAAACUUGUUCUGCUGAUGUACCGAAGUCAAAUCCAUCCAACAAUAAAACAAGUGUACCGAAGCAUUCAAAUUCUACGAGAAUUGUAGAAAACAUUACGAGUGGUCCUAAAAUUGAGAAAGCCCAAAGCAAAGAAAAAGUAGAUCAUGGGUAUGCCAAUUUGUUACCUAGAAGUGCCAGUGAUUGUAAAUUAAUGAAAAAAGUAUCCGAUACGAAGAUUCGUAAUGGGCACAAAAAGAGCAACUCAGUGGGACAAAAGAAUGAAACCACAGAAAGUCGUCAGAAUCUCAUAUCUCAUGAGGACUUCGACAACGCUCACGUGUACGAGAAUAUACUUUUAUCUCAAGAUGCGUUUGUCCCAAAGAGUUGUAGCAUGCCACGGCGGCAGACCAGCGUCGGUAUAUCGAGACAGAGUAGUUACGGUCACCUGCCUCGUGCUCAAAUCCGCCCACAUAGACAUAGUACAAACAAUUUGAGCCGGUCUAGGAAUAACAGCAAUAGUGAACUCGAGCAUUUCUAUAGCGUUAUAGAAUCGUUGCGAGGAAAUAAUAAAAAUGACGCAAACAAAUGUAACACUAAUUCAAGUAAUUCUUCGGGCAGUAGUCGUCAUGAAGGAGCUCUAAAAGGCGGUUCUAUCUCUCGUCCAAUGAACCAAGGAAGCAGAACGCGACAGAACAGUCUAGUCGAUAAACCAUCACGUUCUAGUCCUGUCGAAGCCAGUAACAAAUUAAAAAGACAGUUAAGCGAAAAAGAACUGGAUAAAUCGCUUGUUGAUGGUGCGGUAAGGGGCUUCCAGUUAGUUGUGGGGAAAGAUAAGUUAAAACGACAACUUAGUGACAAUGAGUUGUGUAAAUCUCGUGUACAUAUGGCGAUGCCAAUGUCGGCGGGCGCUGAGCCGCGUCAACCUUUCUGUUGGAAUAAACGCGCCAGUUUAGACUGUGAAGCGUCGCUGCCGGUUGCCCCGCGCGCCAGUAACCAGCGAGCCAGCAAGAAACGAACAACGUACACGUUCGGCGAACUCAAGAACACCGUCCCCAACGCUUCGGACUCACCGCCAGGCGACGAACUCAUCUCUCCAGAAGAGUUCUUAAAUAUUAUCGAUAAUUGAAACAUUCCAAUUAAAUGAUAACUUUGUAAAGUUAUUUAUAUGAACAAUGAUUAUGUGUAUAUUAGAUAUCCGCAAGAUGUAACAUGUCGGCUCGUGUAAAUAUUGUAAUUUGCUUUUAAUAUUAGAAUGUAUCCAGCCACUGAAACAGGCCAUUGCUCAGUCUUUAAAAGUACAUACCUAAUAAUAGUUAUAAGAUGUAAGUAAUAAAUCUCAAGUCUUAUGAAUUAUAUGUAAUUAUUUAAUACUUUAGUUCGACUUUAUUAUGGUGAUGUACAGUUUAGUUACAAUAAUAGCAUAUUUUACGGAACUGUCUCGAUAUCGCACAAUCAUAUCCUGAUAUCUAUUUUUCCGACGGAAUAUACAUUAAGAAAAUAUUUAACGAUAAAACACGUGGUCGUAGGUUUAUAGUCGUGUAAUGGUGAGAUGGGGGUGACAGAGGCGCAGAGAGGGGCUGGCAAUGGUCUGGUUUCACUGAACGAUCUCUAUAAAUGAAUCUCUAUUUUUUCUACAUGCUAUGUAUUGUACAAAUUUACUCAUACCUGUGUAAAGUGUUCAUAUAAGAUUAUGUUAUACUUUACCCCAUCGAUAUGUAUACUGAAGUAUAUGAACGCUUGGAAAAUCAAUAGAAAGGAUAUCUCAAUACCGCUCAGUAAGCACCCAGCAAGCUAAAUUUCAAAUCAGGAUCAAAUUCAAAUCGCCGUAAGUAAAUAACACAUGCAUAUUGGAGUAUUAUAUAUAUUACCAGUAUAUAUUCUUCAAAUUUACAUAUCGAUGGUUUCUAUAAUUUCUAUAAAUACGUAUUAUUUUUUAUUUUUAAGUUUAACAUUUUUUUAGAUGGUUGUCAAUUAAAAAGUCAAUCGGUCAACUUAUCGAACAAAAGUACAUCAUAUUAAGAAAAAAUCUACUAAUAUGGUUAAUUAUGUAUAGUUGAAUAUAAUGAUUUCAACAUAAAUAAAAAAUAAAGCAUAAAAGUAAAAAUAUUUUUACUAGCUUCAUGGCCAUCUUGAAUAAAUUCGCAACUUCUUUAAUCUAAUCUGUGAUCCGUACGGUACGGUGAGGUACGUUUUUUAACGUUACGAUGAUGUACCUAAUUAAAAAAAUAGUAUUUAAAUGUGGAAUAUGCAUAUUUUGCACAGACUUACUCUUGUUCUUAUUAUAAAUAGGUGUAUAUCUGGUAAUUAAUUUAAUUACGUUUUCUGUUACUGAAAUUGAUUAUUAUAUUAACAUUUUUAUCUAUCUGACAUCUUAUAUUUCAACUAUACAAAAAUUAAUAUAAAUAAAAACUUUAACGUUGUCUUAUCAAUAAAUAUUUUUCUAUCAUUUUAUUGGAUUUAACACUAACAUACAAUAAAAAAUAUUUAAGUAAAAUUAACUCCAUAACGCUGUACGUAUGUUAAUUAAA